UUUAAAAUCUGGACUAGAUAAAGCUUCGCUGUCAGGUCAGGGCCCUAAAGAAAAGAGCGGUACCGUAGCGCUUUAACACGCUUACCUGAGGGCCUUUUUGUGACUGGUUGUCAAGGUGCCUGCUGAUUUCAGAGAAGACUGCAUUCAUUAUCAGUGCUUGGGAAUUUCAAAUUUUAGAUCAGAGUGAGUGAUUAUGGCGCCUCAAAAGACCAACAUCAGUCGGAUUAAAAGCCGAACCAAAUCGUCGGCCUUGGCCAAAGCAUUUCAAAUGGCAGAUAAAGAUCAGAAUGGCUGUCUUAAUGAAGAGGAGUUCCUCAAAGUUUGGCGCGAUCAAGGAGUGAAUAUCUCGGAGGAGGCGGGCUCUGCGUUCUUCAGAGAGAAGGAUAAAGAUAUGGACGGACGGAUAUCUUAUGAUGAAUUCAUCGGAGAGCUUACCGAAGUGGAGAAAAUGUGGAGUGCCAUUGAUCAAGAUGAAGAUGGCGUCAUUCGUCCAGGUGAUGUUAGUCUAGCCUCCUCAAAGUACAAGAAGUCCAUUCCAACCGAAAAAAUGGAGGCCAUUACGGAGGCCUUCCACAGAGACAUUAUCUCAAACCAGGGCGAGAUGACUUAUGUAGAAUUCUGUAGCGUAAUGAACGGACUCAAGUUAUCAUCAUCAUCGGUGCCAUCUAGCUCCAAACGAUUCAGAACAGGCAAUGGAACUCCCCAUCAGCGAGUGGUUCCCAAUAUAGAGCGACAAAGAUCAGAAGAACCGAUCAGUUGGUCGUCUAAGAAAUCUGCAGCCAGAUCCUCCACGGCCAGUUCCUCGUCCGAUGACAAACGAACGCAUUAUUCGCGACACUUCUAAGCAGUCUGAAAAUUCCAUGGCGAAUUGGCUCACAUACGCGUGGUUUGGAAAGGAGAUGUUGAAAGUAGACGGAAGAGCCUAUUGUGGAUUUGAUCCCUAUGGCAAGCCCUCGUAGGAUAGAUAAAUCAAAGCCAAUGACAAGAAAAGAGCUGUCCGUGUACUCGUACCAAAUCCAGCCAACAACACAAAACAGAUAUCAGUGUGGUUGAACGGUGAACCCCAAAGCAUGGAGGACGUUUGUUCAGCUCGUGGAGAAUUUAUGACGGGUUAUUGUUGUUCGCCAAAGGCCAGACUUUAAAACCUUGAAAGGCCAGAAAAACAUCAUGUUGGCAGAUCUAAGGAGAUCAAGGCGGACAAAGGCCGUCAUCAUGAUCAUCCUCGUCAUCAUUCUCGUUGUUGUUGUCGUAACUCAGAGAUUUGAUAUACAUACGAUACAGCUUCAACGCCAUUUUUACCAGAGCUUGUAUUUCUGCUUUGUUAUCAAACCCUUCCAAAGCACAGCAUGUAAAUGUAAACUGCCCGAGCAAGUUUCUUCAACAUUGGCUUAAUACUACUAUAUCCGAGGUGUUUCAGAGUGUGUGCGGCGGUGCCAGAUCCAAAGAAGACAUAAAGAGAUCCAGAGCCAACUUGGUCCACAAAAAGUGGGACGACCUCAAGUGAAAGGAUAAAAGCCGGAGGAAAAAGCUAGUUUGGCGACCCAAAUGCCUCUUGUCGUACUACAUAUGAGCUCUGCUCCCCCUUGAGUCUAAGGCCUAGGAGUAUGGGACAGCCAACCAACCAACCCACAAUAGCCUAUCCUAACAACAGCAACACCAGUCAACCAUCAGAACAGAACAGAUCCAAUGUCAUGGGGCGAGGUGGAGUAAUCAGUAAUUAAUUAAACACGACAAAGGACCAAAAGUGAAAAGCUUUCUACGUUUUUACCAGCAUCGAAUGUAAAAAGGAAAAAAGCCUGCCUUGGCCAUUUCCAUGGGGGCGAAGCAGACACCAUCAGGAAAGGUGAACCGUUCUGUGUCGAAGCUCGAGGCUUUGGUGAAAAUGAAGUCAUAAUGACAGUCUCACCCUCCUUCUCCUGGCUGACUGGCGCAUCAAAAGUCUUUGGGGCAAUCUCGCUCUAGUAUGGAGGGAUUAAGAAAGGGUUCGUUUAUUUGCUAAUGAGAAAGCUGAGCCAGAUAGAAAAGAGAACCGAACCAACCGAUGUGUGGAAGAGAAACCGUGAGUGUCAUUAUGACUCAGUACAUACAAUCAUAAUGAUGAUCAUUUUCACCUCAAGCCAUAUUGCCAUUAUCUACGUAUCCAACCUAAAAAGUACCUAGAGUUGAAAUUGGUUAGCGAUCAGUUACUGACGAAUUCCAAAUAGCCAAGAAGGAUCAGUUGAUCUUGAAAUAUAGUAAAGGCAUGCUUCUGGGUUCCAAUACUUUCGAAAAGAGUGUGUGACAAGCUCCAAUGUCUCCAAUACGAUAAAUUUGACAACACUACAUUCCAACACACUUCCUUCAAUUCAUUUACGUAUAUAUCGCGGUUUGAUAAGUCUUCACGGUUCCACCUCGCCAUAAAACACAGUCAAAGAAAGGAGAGGACUAGACUUGUUUGCGCUCUCUUGGUGCUUCAUUGAGCUAAUGAGACACCCUCUGAAGCAAGCCCUUUCCCCUCCUUCGUAGGCCAGGGGCGGGUAUUUAACAUCCAUUCUUCACCCAUACCCCCAUCAAGACUCAUA